AUGCCGCGUCGACAGAAACUGCGGAAUGGCACCUGGAUCAUACCAGGCACCGGUGAGCGGUCGCGCCGCCAGUUCACCUUACGACAAAACAGCUACGGCAGCGAUGCCGAUCUCGAAAUGCAUUCGAUUGUCGAGCAGGAGACUGUCAAAGAGAAGGUACAGGCGGCGCUGCACAACAGCCUCGUCGCUUUGAAUAAUGUCUGGUUAUGGUUAAAGUCUCCCAAGGGAAGAGGGACGAUAAAAUGCUCCGUCGCAUACCUGCUCGCCAGCCUCUGGACCUUCUAUGCGCCCUUCGCCGCCCUUCUCGGCCCCAUGGACGGCAAGCACAUUGUUGCCACGAUCGCCGUCUACUUUCAUCCUGCCAGAAGUGCCGGCUCGCAGGUGGAGGCUGCAGCCAUUGCCAUCGUUGCCGUGCUGUAUGCUAUGUUCAUUGGCACCUUGUCCAUGGCUACAUCGGUUCUUGUCGGCUCGGUCUGGGAUCAGGUGAAGCUGUCAUAUGCCCUCAUCCUCAUCUUUUUCAUCGGUGGUGGCUUGGGCUUUAUCGGCUGGGUUAAGCAAAAGCUGAAUAACCCUCUUGUCAGUGUUGGAGCCAGUAUAGCGUCCAUUGGCAUCAUCACUAUUAUCACCAAGGAAAACUCGGUCCAUACUGGUGUUUUUACCAACCAGAAAAUCAUCCAGUCCCUCAAGAUCCUACUGAUUGCCACGACCACAACAACAGCCGUCAACUUGCUCCUAUGGCCCGUCUCGGCACGGGGCGCCCUAAGAAAUACAAUGCGCACAGCCUCCACCACUCUUGGCGAGAUGCUUUCGAUGAUCGCAAAGGGAUUUCUUAGUGGUGCUGAAGAGGACAUGAACUCGAAGGGGUUCACCAAAACGUCCUCAAGUUUUACCAGCAACUUGACCGCUAUGAACAAAAACCUGAGGGAGUCCAAAUAUGAAUAUUACAUGUUGGGCCGAGAGCAGAUUUACAAGCAGGACAAGGCUGUCGUUCGCUGCAUGGAGGCACUGUCACAGUCUCUCGGCGGGCUUCGAAGCGCAGCCAACACCCAAUUCGAGCUUUUGAAAGAAAAAGCGGGCGGCUUUUCUGACCAGCCUCUCUCUCCAGGCACUGACACUUUCGCGCCGGCAUUUGGCAAAGCGUCCUCCCAUCAGCUCAAAAGCGGAUCAAGGUUCGCUGUCUUGUCAGCCAUUGACGAAGCAGUUGAUGAGCGUGGUGACAGGGAAGGCUCAACGUUCAGUGAGUCGUCCUACUUUACGGAACGCAGACUCAUGACCCCAGGGUCGACCCGAACUCCAUCUGAUAUCUUCGAGGUGUUCAUUCAUCGCCUUGGGCCAUCAUUGAAAUCAUUAGUUCACACCCUGUCUGAGAUCUUGCGGGAUCCUCCCUUUGGCGCCCCAGGUGCCCCGAUCACGGUGAAUGAAAACUUCAAGCAGAGUGUGUCAGAUGCCAUAUCUUUGUACAAUUCACAAAGAGGCAAGGCAUUGGAAGAACUGUACAAGACUAUAGAGCUCGAGAAGUCCAGACCAGAGAAUAUCCAAGCCGAUUACGAAGAGGUGGCGGCUGCGUGUGGGCACUUCUCCUUUACUCUCCUUAGUCUGGCGGACGAAAUGCAGAAGUAUCUCGAUGCACUGGAUGAUCUGAAAUGGGUCACUGAGAUGGAUAAGAAAACCUGGAAUUUCCUCAAGUUUUGGAGGUACAUUGGGUCCUUGUUCAAAACCCGCGUCCCGGAUCCUGAAGAAGCCAAUUUGAUCAAACCUCUGCGGCGGUCUAAGAUGCCGCGAGGCAUCCCUCAGAACAUGACCAAACCCAGAGACACCUUUCUGUGGAAUGCCGAGCCAAGCACCAACGUUGUCCAAAAAUGGACAUUUCAGCACCUUUUGCGUUUCUUUCGGUUCCUCUCUCGGGAAGAUAUCCGUUUUGGCCUAAAAGUCGGCAUAGGAGCUACUCUUUAUGCAAUGUUUGCGUUCAUUCCAGAGACCAGACCCAUAUAUCAGCAUUGGCGUGGUGAAUGGGGUCUUCUGUCCUUUAUGAUUGUGUGCAGUAUGACCGUGGGUGCCGCCAAUACCACUGGCUUUGCUCGUUUCGUUGGAACGCUUAUGGGCGCCGCCUUUGUGAUCAUUGCUUGGUGGUUAUCCGAUGGGGAUGCCAUUCCUCUUGCGAUAUUUGGCUGGGCAGUAUCUUUCCUCGCGUUCUAUAUCACAAUCGAUCGAGGAAAUGCGCCUUUUGGUCGUUUUAUUCUUUUGACAUACAAUGUUUCUUCGCUUUACGCGUAUUCGCUCAGUCAGAAGGUCGAAGACGAUGACGACGACGAAGGAGGCCUCCACCCCGUCAUUCAGACGAUUGUGUAUCAUAGAGUCAUCGCAGUGUCUCUCGGUAUCCUCUGGGGUCUGAUCGUUUGUCGCGUGAUCUGGCCAGUGUCCGCACGUCACAAGUUCAAGGAAGGCAUCUGCGUCUUGUACUUGCAGAUGGGCCUGAUAUGGAAGCGAGGACCUCUUGCCAUCUUACUCCGGAGCGAUGCCACCGACAGUUACAUGAAGGUGGGCGAGCAAGCUGCAAUGCAGCGAUACGCCAAUCAGCUUCAGACUCUCCGCAACGCGGCGAGUAACGAAUAUGAGCUUCGGGGCCCAUUCCCCAGCCAAGCAUAUGGCCGUAUCAUGGCCUCGACACAACGUCUCCUGGACGCGUUUCAUGCCAUGAGUCUAGUUACACAGAAGCAUGGGCGACUGAGUGAAGGAGAGAAGGCCUUGCUUUACCACACUGCUCACGAACGUGCAGAGAUAUGCGCUCGCAUCUGUCACGUCUUUCAGGUGCUGGCCAGUAGCAUCAUGCUGGAAUAUCCUCUAACGGAUGCUAUACCCAGUGUUCUUGGCACAAGGGACAGGCUUCUGGGCAAAAUAUUCCGAUUCCGAAAAGAGCACAAUGCGGAAUGGGAACAAGUGGAAGCCAGGUCGGUGCAAAGUCAAACCGCCAACGUCGGCGACUCGAGCUUUAUGGUAGGCGCCAUGGGUAAGGUGCCGAAACUUGGAAACAUCGUCAUUGAAGAGCCGGACUAUGCGCUCCUCUAUGCGUAUGCACUCGUUACGGGCCAGGUUGCAAAGGAGCUCAAGGUGGUCGAGAACGAGGUUGAGGCUCUAUUUGGACGACUCGACGAAGAUGCCAUGUUACUUGAAUGA